AUGGCCCAACCAUACCCCUCCGCUCCGUACGCUGUUCCGCUGUCGAACCCGAACCAGCAGCCCCCGCGUAACAUGUACCGCCUGAACACAGCCCAGGCUAACGCCGGCGCGGGGUACGCCUACUCUUACAACACACCUCAGAGUGGACACUUCCAGCACCAGGACAUGCAGUUUGGCUUGGUCACCCCCCCUACCACCACUCCCGCUCAGUUCGGCUCCCCCCUCAUCGCCAACGGCAACUACUCCCCUAUGCCUGGCAGUGCCCCCCAUACGCCGUGGGGCAUGAACGCUCUCUCCUUAUCGCCCCUCCCCUCCGACGGUGGCUUCUCCUACGCUCCUUCACCGAUGAUGCCCUCGGACUGUGGAGGAACUGAGUACCUAGCUACUCCCCUCUCUGCUCACUCGCAGCCGGGAAUGGAGAUGGGCUAUGGAUACGUCGGAACGCCCGGUCUCUACCGCCGAGACCAAUUCGGCAUGGACAUCGGUCUUGGCGUCAAGCCCGUUAUCAUCGGAGCCGACGGGCAGCCCGCGCCGGAGAUCAAGAAGCGCUCUCGAACUGCGCAGGCAUGUGAGCGCUGCCGCAUCCGCAAAGCAAGGUGCUUCGGUGGUAACCCCUGCAACCGUUGCCAGAAGAGGGGAUUCGUCUGCGAGUUCUCGCAGCAAGUCCGCCAGCGCGGCCCAAACAACAAGCCGGCUUCCCAGCUCAUCGCCGCCGCCAUCGCCCGUGGCGAAGCCAGCCCUCGGGUAGUCAGUGCUUCCGCUGCUGCCGCUGGCACCGCGAUGCCUGCCAGCGCAACUGCUGCCACUGGCCCGAAGCCGCUUCUCACCACGGACCCCGUCAAGGUCGUGCGCCGCCACAGCAUGCCCGACAAUGGCCCCAUUGCUUCGGUUCCACCUCCCCCGUCUAAGACGUACUCGACGAACGACGUCCAGACCCUCAGCGUUCAGACGAAUGUCGUUGACGCCAACGGCACCGUCUCGAUGCCCAACAGCGCCGUUCCCAGCCUUCCCACUCCGACGGCUGAGUAUCUUGCAGUCCCAGGACAGUACUCCAGGCGGGAUGCUGAGCUUUUUUCCGACCCUCAGCGAUCCCCCGCCUAUAGCUACACUCCCGAGUCGGCCGACACCAAUGGUGGCGAGUACCCGUACACUCCCAUUUCGCCCGGCGCUGCAACCUUCUCCCCGACACUGAACAUGCAGCCAUCCUCUGGACCUGUGUAUGCUCAGCACCUUGUUUCUGAGGAGCCUCAACAAACACAGCAGUGGUAUAGCGCCGCUGCAUGA